CUCAGCUCUGAAUGGGUUUUGGCAAGUAGAGAAGAAAAUCCAGUCUGCUUUUUGGGGGGCAUUGGACAGCUGGAUAAAUGCAGUAUUUAAAUAUAAAAGAGGACUGCAAUGCCAUGGCUUUCUGUGCUAAAAUGAGGAGCUCCAAGAAGACCGACGUGAAUCUGGAGGCCCCUGAGCCAGGGGUGGAAGUGCUCUUCUAUCUGUCGGAUAGGGAGCCCCUCCGGUUGGGCGGCGGAGAGUACACAGCGGAGGAGCUGUGCAUCAGGGCGGCGCAGGAAAGCUGUAUAUCUCCUCUGUGUCACAACCUCUUUGCCCUGUAUGAUGAGAACACCAAGCUCUGGUAUGCUCCGAAUCGCACCAUCACCGUCGACGACAAGAUGUCACUCCGGCUCCACUACCGGAUGAGGUUCUAUUUCACCAACUGGCAUGGGACCAAUGAUAACGAGCAGUCAGUAUGGCGACAUUCUCCAAAGAAGCAGAAGAAUAGCUAUGAGAAAAAAAAAGUUCCAGAUGCAACACCUCUCCUUGAUGCCAGCUCAUUGGAGUAUCUGUUUGCUCAGGGACAGUAUGAUUUGGUCAAAUGCCUGGCUCCCAUUCGAGACCCCAAGACGGAGCAGGAUGGGCAUGAUAUUGAGAACGAGUGUCUGGGAAUGGCCGUCCUGGCCAUCUCCCACUAUGCCAUGAUGAAGAAGAUGCAGUUGCCAGAACUUCCCAAGGACAUCAGCUACAAGCGAUAUAUUCCAGAAACAUUGAAUAAGUCCAUCAGACAGAGGAACCUUCUCACCAGGAUGCGGAUAAAUAAUGUUUUCAAGGAUUUCCUAAAGGAGUUUAACAACAAGACCAUUUGUGACAGCAGUGUGUCCACACACGACCUGAAGGUGAAAUACCUGGCUACCUUGGAAACUUUGACAAAGCAUUAUGGUGCUGAAAUAUUUGAGACUUCCACGCUACUGAUUUCAUCAGAAAAUGAGAUGAAUCGGUUCCAUCCGAAUGAUAAUGGAAACAUUCUCUGCUAUGAAGUGAUGGUGACUGGAAAUCUUGGAAUCCAGUGGAGGCAGAAACCAAAUGUUGUUCCUGUUGAAAAGGAAAAAAAUAAACUGAAACGGAAAAAACUGGAAAAUAAACACAAGAAGGAUGAGGAGAAAAAUAAAAUCCGGGAAGAGUGGAACAAUUUUUCUUACUUCCCUGAGAUCACUCACAUUGUAAUCAAGGAGUCUGUGGUCAGCAUUAAUAAGCAGGACAACAAAAAAAUGGAACUGAAGCUCUCUUCCCAUGAGGAGGCCUUGUCCUUUGUGUCCCUCGUGGACGGCUACUUCCGGCUCACAGCAGAUGCCCAUCAUUACCUCUGCACAGACGUGGCUCCCCCGUUGAUCGUCCACAACAUACAGAAUGGCUGUCACGGUCCAAUCUGCACAGAAUAUGCCAUCAAUAAGUUGCGGCAAGAAGGAAGUGAGGAGGGAAUGUACGUGCUGCGGUGGAGCUGCACCGACUUCGACAACAUCCUCAUGACCGUCACUUGCUUUGAAAAGUCUGAGUUGCUGGGUGUCCAGAAGCAGUUCAAGAACUUUCAGAUUGAGGUGCAGAAGGGCCGCUACAGCCUGCAUGGCUCAGACCGAAGCUUCCCCAGCCUUGGAGACCUUAUGAGCCACUUGAAGAAGCAGAUCCUGCGCACGGACAACAUCAGCUUUGUGCUGAAGCGCUGCUGCCAGCCCAAGCCCCGAGAAAUCUCCAAUCUGCUGGUGGCCACCAAGAAAGCCCAGGAGUGGCAGCCUGUCUACCCCAUGAGCCAGCUGAGUUUUGAUCGGAUCCUCAAGAAAGAUAUUAUGCAGGGCGAGCACCUUGGGAGAGGCACGCGGACACACAUCUACUCUGGGACCCUCAUGGAUUACAAGGAUGACGAAGGAACUUCCGAAGAGAAGAGAAUAAAAGUGAUCCUCAAAGUCUUAGACCCCAGCCACAGGGACAUUUCUCUGGCCUUCUUUGAGGCAGCCAGCAUGAUGAGACAGGUCUCCCAUAAACACAUCGUGUACCUCUAUGGCGUUUGUGUCCGAGACGUGGAGAAUAUCAUGGUGGAAGAGUUUGUGGAGGGAGGGCCCCUGGAUCUCUUCAUGCACCGGAAAAGUGAUGUCCUCACCACACCCUGGAAGUUCAAAGUUGCCAAACAGCUGGCCAGCGCCCUGAGUUACUUGGAGGAUAAAGAUCUGGUCCAUGGAAAUGUGUGCACUAAAAACCUCCUCCUGGCCCGCGAGGGCACUGACAGCGAGUGCGGCCCCUUCAUCAAGCUCAGUGACCCCGGCAUCCCCGUCACUGUGCUGUCCAGGCAAGAGUGCAUAGAACGAAUCCCAUGGAUCGCUCCUGAAUGUGUUGAAGACUCCAAGAACCUGAGUGUGGCCGCUGACAAGUGGAGCUUUGGAACCACGCUCUGGGAGAUCUGCUACAAUGGCGAGAUCCCCUUGAAAGACAAGACACUGAUUGAGAAAGAGAGGUUCUAUGAAAGCCGGUGCAGGCCAGUGACCCCGUCUUGUAAGGAGUUAGCUGACCUUAUGACCCGCUGCAUGAACUACGACCCCAACCAGAGACCCUUCUUCCGAGCCAUCAUGAGAGACAUCAAUAAGCUGGAGGAGCAGAAUCCAGACAUCGUAUCAGAAAAAAAGCCAGCAACUGAAGUGGAUCCCACACAUUUUGAAAAGCGGUUCUUAAAGAGGAUCCGUGACUUGGGAGAGGGCCACUUUGGGAAGGUCGAGCUCUGCAGGUAUGACCCUGAGGGGGACAAUACAGGGGAGCAGGUGGCCGUCAAAUCCCUGAAGCCUGAGAGCGGAGGGAAUCACAUAGCUGAUCUGAAGAAGGAAAUUGAAAUCUUAAGAAACCUUUAUCAUGAGAACAUUGUGAAGUAUAAAGGCAUCUGCACAGAAGAUGGAGGAAACGGUAUUAAGCUCAUCAUGGAAUUUCUGCCUUCAGGAAGUCUUAAGGAGUAUCUUCCAAAGAAUAAGAACAAAAUUAACCUCAAACAGCAGUUAAAAUACGCCGUUCAGAUUUGUAAGGGGAUGGACUAUUUGGGUUCUCGGCAAUACGUUCACCGUGACUUAGCAGCAAGAAAUGUCCUUGUUGAGAGUGAACACCAAGUGAAAAUUGGGGACUUUGGUCUAACCAAAGCCAUUGAAACUGAUAAGGAGUACUACACAGUCAAGGACGAUCGGGACAGCCCUGUGUUUUGGUAUGCUCCAGAAUGUUUAAUUCAGUGUAAGUUUUAUAUCGCCUCUGAUGUCUGGUCUUUUGGAGUAACUCUGCAUGAGCUGCUUACUUACUGUGAUUCAGAUUCCAGUCCCAUGGCGUUGUUCCUGAAAAUGAUAGGCCCAACUCAUGGCCAGAUGACAGUAACAAGACUUGUGAAUACAUUAAAAGAAGGGAAACGUUUGCCUUGUCCACCUAACUGUCCAGAAGAGGUUUAUCAACUUAUGAGAAAAUGCUGGGAAUUCCAACCAUCCAUUCGGACAACCUUUCAGAACCUUAUUGAGGGAUUUGAAGCGCUUCUAAAAUAA